GCUCCAGCGAUGGUCGGGGCGGGCGGGCGCUGCCUGCUCCUUGCCUCCGCCCUCGGGGAGGGGGAGGCCGGUGGCGGAGCGAGCAGCGGGUGAUGGGGAAGAGGCGAGCGCGGCGCUGAGGUCCCGCGGGGCCGGAUGAGCGGCGGCUUGGCGUCGCGGCGGUGGCGGGGCUGGAGGAGGGGGCGAAGGAGGCAGCAGGGGCGGCCUCCACUCCGGCUGCCCUGAGGGGAAGGAGCCCCCGACCAUGGAAAUCGAGAACAUCGUGGCCAACACGGUGCUGUUGAAAGCCCGGGAGGGCAAACGGAGUGGGCGUAGUAAAAAAUGGAGGGAGAUGCUGAAGUUGCCGCCUGUUAGUCAGUGUGAAGGUAUUAGAUGCUCUAUUGAAAAAGAUUAUAACCAGCUUUGUGACAAACAACCAAUAGGAAGACUUCUCUUCAGGCAGUUUUGUGAUUCCAGACCAGACUUGAAAAGAUGUAUUGAAUUUCUGGAUGCAGUGGCUGAGUAUGAGGUAUCUUCAGAUGAAAAGCGUAUAGACUGCGGCCUGAAAGUCUUAGAGACCUACUUCACUAACGGGUCUGCAGCACACUUGCCAGAAAUACCUCAGGAAACAGUAAAUGAAUGUAAAGCAAGACUGGAAGAGAACCCUUCCAAAGAUCUUUUUGUGGAUUGUACCAGAAUUGUCCAUGAAUACCUAAGCAGGAGACCUUUUGAAGCUUACCAAGAAAGUGUGUAUUUUUCCCGUUUUUUACAGUGGAAAUGGCUGGAGAAGCAACCAGUAACCAAACACACGUUUAGGCAUUACCGAGUACUUGGCAAAGGUGGUUUUGGAGAGGUGUGUGCUUGUCAAGUACGUGCAACAGGAAAAAUGUAUGCUUGUAAGAAGCUAGAAAAAAAGAGAAUAAAGAAGAGGAAAGGAGAAUCAAUGGCUCUAAAUGAAAAAAGAAUUCUGGAAAAAGUGAAUAGUAGGUUUGUAGUUAGUUUAUCCUAUACAUAUGAGACAAAAGAUGCCCUGUGUUUAGUAUUAACCAUAAUGAAUGGAGGGGAUUUGAAGUUUCACAUAUAUAACAUGGGAAAUCCUGGCUUUGAUGAAGAAAGGGCUAUUUUCUAUGCUGCAGAACUGUGCUGUGGUCUGGAGGAUUUGCAGAAAGAGAGAAUUGUUUACAGAGACCUGAAGCCUGAAAAUAUACUCCUCGAUGACUGUGGACAUAUUAGAAUUUCAGAUCUCGGAUUAGCUGUGCAGAUUCCAGAAGGAGAAACUGUCAGAGGACGGGUUGGCACUGUUGGUUACAUGGCUCCAGAAGUGCUCAAAAAUGAAAAAUAUACAUUCAGCCCAGACUGGUGGGGUCUUGGGUGCUUAAUUUAUGAAAUGAUUGAAGGACAGUCGCCAUUCAGGAAGCACAAGGAAAGGGUCAAACGAGAUGAGAUUGACCGGAGAGUAAAGGAGGACCAAGAAACGUAUUCAGACAAGUUCUCUGAGGAGGCAAAAUCCAUCUGCAGGAUGCUGCUUGCAAAAAAUCCAGGGGAGCGACUGGGUUGCACAGAAAAUGGAGCUGCUAUUGUGAAACAACAUCCUAUUUUCAAGAAUAUUAACUUCAAGAGGCUGGAAGCUAACAUGUUGGAGCCUCCAUUUUUGCCAGAUCCACGUGCCGUAUAUUGUAAAGAUGUCCUGGACAUUGAGCAGUUCUCUACAGUGAAAGGAGUGAACCUGGAUACAACAGAUGAUGACUUCUAUUCCAAAUUUGUUACGGGUUGUGUCUCAAUCCCUUGGCAAAAUGAGAUGAUUGAAACAGGAUGCUUUGAAGAUAUUAAUGCAUGUGAAACUGAUGGUACUGUGUCACCAGACAGAGAGAGGUCUCCUAAACCAAAGAGAGGCUUCUUUCACAGGCUUUUUAGUGGAGAGGUCUGCUUUAAAUCUGAUUGCAGUGAUGAGGAGCAGGAGUCCUCUAGACUUUAAAUCACUUCACUGUCAUCAGAAAGGAUGAGCAAACUUUAAAUGUUUUAUAUCUCUGUAGCAAAGUGUAUUAUAUAUAUUUUUUAUCUGAGUUCAAGAAUUUUUGUACAUUUGUACUUCAUUUGUUUUAAGAUGUAUAUUUUUCACUAAAGCUUAACUGUACAAAAAACGAGUGCCAUUUGAGUGAGUGUGUUUCUGUAUGUAUUUGAUUUAUCAUCUUCCCCUCGCCCCUGCAAUGGAAUGAAUCUAGAAAUACUAAUAGGAUUUUAAAGCAGAGAAAUAAUAUCUAUGGCAUAAAUUUAAUUUGACUUUUUCCGCUCCUGGUAAAAAAAAAAACUUCUUGUUCUUUAGACCUUUAUUAGCUGGGGUUUUUUUAAGAGUAAAAUUGCUCUACUGAUAAAGUUCAUAAUUCUAGUAUUAUCUGGUUGCAUGGCAGUGCUGUCUAAUGCAUCUCAAGAAAACUGCUAAGGAAAUAAAGGAAUUCAGUGCACUGUGACUAGCUAUUAUGAAAUGCUGUUUGCUAUAUAGAUCUGAAAAUAGUUUUAGUCUUCACUUAUUUUUAUCUAGAAUUCUGGACAUAUAGCUUAAUCUUGUGAUCAACUGUACUGCCCCAUUCUCCCUUUGAAUCUUUCUUACACAUCUUCUCCAUACAGUCCCUCAGCAUGGACCAUGCAAGUAGACCUAUACAAAAAUUUUUUAACUAUACUUUGUGUACUUUGUUCCCCUUACUAAAAGGACUUCUUUUUACCUGUGAGGAACUUAUUUUUAUUUUUUCCGUAAAUGAAAUUGUUUACAACUCCAUGUGAGAUGUUAGGGUUUUAUAAUAGGUAAAAAAAAGAAACCGUAGGCUCUUAAUACUUUCUUCUCUGCUUAUAAUGUUGUGAUAUGCAAUGUAGGGUUGACUGUGAUCACUGCCACUGAGGGAAAGACAAGCUAGUGUUAAGUAUUACAUUUAAUUAUGUAAAUAGUCUUUCCUUAUAACCUUCAAAAGCAUAAAGAUUAAAACCUACUUUUAUGAUUGCUUAACGCAGAUGUGGAGCUGCUGUUGAAGUUUUAGUUAUGAUUACCUUAUGUUCAUGAGUAAAAUUGUUUCCAGUUUGUUGGAAGCUUGUAAAAUGUCCGUUCUUCUGGGCUCAAAGUAAGCCAGGCUUUAUUUUGUAAAGCUCUGUGUAAAACAGUUUAUCUAUGUAUGAGAAUAAAUUUAGGGAACACAUUUCAUGAGAGCCUUUUCUGUUUUCAAAAUUUAGUCUUGAAACGUAAUAUUCUUGGAGACAUGACUUUUCUUAUACAUUAUGAUCUGUUUUCUGAAGAUUGUCUCCACAGAGCAUCCUUUUUUUUUUUUCAGUUUCAAAUCUCUAGGAACCAAGCAGGCUGCAUAUGUUCUAUAUGCACCGACUGAAUAUCUACCUCGAUAGGUUUCUGCUUGUGAUCCACAGACCUCCUGGGAGAAACUGUAACUAUGCUCCAAAGAUACACCCGCAGUAGGCUUGACUAUCAAAUGUAAAUUCACAGUAUUUUGUCUCUGUUGAUAAAUGUUUUAAUGGAUUAAAAUUUGAAAUAAGUUGGAAAACUAACGUUUUACAAAAUUCUGCUGGGGUCCCUAUUUGAAAUUGUUCCUCUUGAAUACUGUGCCACAGAAAUGAGGAAUUAAAUUCUUUUUCUGUGUUUUCAGUGCAUGUUUUCUAAUAUCUAAAGUGGCACAGAGGACGGCAAAAUGACUACCAUGGAAAGUUCAAAGAGAGAAGUUGGCAGCGGGAGAGAGAAAUUCCUGCAUGACAAUCUGAUGCAAUAGUGAAGGAAUGGGAGACUUGACAGAAACAGAAAUAGCUGAAGUAAGGGUGUUGACUGGAACCAUUAUGGGUGAGACAAUGAGCUGGCACAGUCUGACCUGACCAUCUUUAUUAUGUAGGACAAUAAGAGAAGAACUCUAUAAAAAGGUGGGAAUGGAGAAAUAGAGAGGUAACAAAAGUGUUUUAGCAAUACCUACCUGAUUGGGCUAUUGAUCACGUUUCUCUUAUUAAGGGUUUAAGUUUUUAAGAUCUUAGAUUUACCAUUCUGAGGCAAACAAAGGUGACAGUGUUAACAUUAGAUACAUGGAGUGACAGUCUGGAUUUAAUACCUACUUAGAGGAACUUGAGAUUCAGGCAAGAAUUCCAUGGACACAGGCUGGGUAACUUUAAUGAAGAAACUGUAGGAAUUGACUUAAAUAAAGAAAAUGUGAAAGUAUAUUCAUUGUGUAUUUCAAGUUUCUUCCCCAUUUUAGAGAAAGAAGUACUUUAACAUAAAGAAAAUAAAAAAUUAUCCCCCACUUUGGAGUGUGGAGGUUUAACACUUUUUCUCCAGGGUUCUCCCAAGAAAAGAAGCUAGAUAAACAGAAAGGCAAACUGAUCCUAAUAAUUGGUUCUUUCAAUUAUUUAUACCUCUGCUCCUUUGGACAAGGAACUUUUGACCAUGUGUGGCUUUUUUGCAUGUUUUUCUAAAGCUUUCACUUCACAAGUUUUUCCUUGAGUUAUGAAUAAUACUUCUAAUUUUUUUUUUAAGGGUAACUACGUGUUAGCAGGGUUCAGAUCUAAAUUCUGUUUUUUGCCACUAAGGUCAAGAUGGCAUUUUUCAACUAUAAAUUUGUUCCUUUUAUUGCCAUUCAAUGAGUAUGACCUUGCUCCUUGCACAAUUUACUAACUUCAUUAUUUAUGUGAAAAAUAAAUACAUUAAAGCUGUCACAAUCUGCACAAGUAUCAAAGUAUAAAAUGUAAGCAAUUAGAAACAUAAGCACAUAAUGACUAGAUAUUAUUUAAUGUAAAUCAUCGAAUUAGGACAAGAAACUGCAGGAAUCUAUGUAAUUGUCUUUAUACGGUACAUGGAGGUUAAGAAGUUGUGCUAUGUAAUCUGAAGUGACCAAUAUUACUAGCUUAGAGAUUCACUUUGAAAGUGUGAAAAGGGUAAGGAGAUAAAAGCGAAACACUGUGGUAUGAUGUGAUAUGAAUUUUGUUCUUGAUUUUUCUAAGAUGCAGAUGAGAGAAGGCAGCAGGUUGUUUACUGAUGAUGUAGACUUUUAUUUCCGUGAAGCUAUAAUUAAAAAAAGAAAAAAAUAAUUUUCUUGUUAUACAGGAUGCUUUCAUUACAUCUCUAUGAAUUCAGAUUCUAGAUCCACGUUACAAGGUUUUAAUAGCAGUGAGACAAUCCAGCAGCCCAACUGCUUUGUUCUGUUGGCACGAGAUAUGGAAAGAUCUAUGAGGAGGAGUAUCUCUGUGGAGUUAUUUGCAUUAGAUCAAUCCUUCUUUUCUGUAGCUUUUGUUUCCAAACAUUUGUUUAUGUAAGUCUUAAUGUCUGCUUGUGCAUACCUCAUGAAUCUACAUAUAGAGCUCAAAAUUCAAACUGUGAAACAGUGUACCAGUAUCUCAUUGGUUUACUUAAUGCUUUUGAUUAUUGUGACCAACAGAACAGAGUAUUCAUGCCUCAGGGUUGAUUUCUUUCUUUAAAAGAAACUGUCAACUUUUUUUUUGUUAGAGUUGUAAUGAUUAUUGUAAAGAUGUUAUAAUCUAGAAACAAUACCAACAAACCAGUCUCAAUUGGGGAAAAAAAAAAUCUCAGAAUAAAAAAGCCUAAUUUGAGAAAUCACUGAUAGAAGCUAUUAAAAACAACCAAAGAAAACCCAACAAUUCUAGAAGGCAUUGCAAUUAUUUUUCCAAGAAUAUAGAUGUAAGAAAUUUCUAAUUGCCAAAAAUGAAGAAUGUUUGUUCAGUCACGAAAGUCUGAUUUCUUUAUGUGCUGGCUCUGCUAUAUUUUAAAGAAGGCAGAAAACAUCUUUCACAAUGUUCAAGCAAAAUCAGAUAUGGAUCAUAUUUGGUAGUCAUGAUAAGCAAGAAAGAUCUUGAUUCACAUAAGCAUCAAUAUGUUUAAUUGUAACUAGUUACAAGUUACUUAAGAAAGUUAACAGAAAUAAUAGUAUUUUCUCAUGGUUUACCUGGUAGAUUAAUUUAACAUUGGAAAUGUCAUCUUCAUUUUUGAAGAUUUUUCAGUAAGAGCUUCUCGUUAAGACAUACUGAAAAAAAGGAAUUUUUUAAAGAUAAGCUAAAUUUAUGUUUACUUUGUUUUGAAUUACCUGCCUGGCUCCUUUUGGUAGUGAUGAUGUCUCUUCUGCUGAAUGUACAAUUCUUUUAUUUCAGAGUUGUCCAUAUGUUUUAUCAUAAGUUUUGCAUAUGGCACAUAGGUAACCUUUCUCUCAUGUUCCACGUAUGUCCAAACCACCAGUAUUCCUUCCAGUUAUAGCAAUGUUGAUUGUUAAAUGUGAUGUGUUAGUUCUGGAAUUUCCAAACCACUCAAGUAAUUGUUGUUGUAUGAGCUGUUUUCCUGGAUAUUCUAGCAUUGUUAUUCUUGAAAUAAAAGCAAAACACUGCCACAUCUCUCAA